AUGGUAGACUUUUACAACUGGAAUAGGGUGAGGGUGAAGUUGUUAGUAGACAAAACCCAACAGAAGUAUUGUGCUGGUUCAUCUUUCACCGGUGAUAUCGAACAAGUUGACCCUGGAUCGGCUAAGAAUUUGCCUCCAUCUUGCUCAUAUGCAAUGGAACCAAGUCUGUGCUUUUUUCCUCAGAAUGUUGUUCCAUAUGUCGAGACUCCAUUGUUUAUAAUCAAUUCACACUAUAACUCUUGGCAUAUUGAAAAUAUUUUGGUUCCUAAAUACCUCGAUCAUCAACAUGUCUGGGACAAUUGCAAGAAACAAAUAAGCAACUUUUUUGGAGUAGAAUUUUUGAAGGCAUUUGAGGGACUCAACCCUUCUUUUACGAGGGGUUAUUUCAUCACAUCUUGCCAUUCUCAUGGUGCAAUUAUGUUGACGAAUUUCUGGUUGAGUCCUACCUCUCCAAGAUUACUUCAUAAGACAAUUGGUGAAGCUGUUGCGGAUUGGUUUUUUGACAGAGCAGAGUUUCACUAUAUAGACCUAUAUCCUUGUGCUCGAGAUUGUGUUCUAUAA